AUGAGUACUGGUGAAGAACCAGAAGAGCCAAGAACGUCUGUUUUUUGCAGAAUUUCCGCAAGCUGCUGUUACUUACUGAUAUUGCUUGAAAGAAUUGGCAGAAGAUGUAAAUGUGCUUUUUAUUCGACAUAUUGUAGCGAAAUACCUUUGCGGGCUUGGAAUGACGACGUGGAUGCUCACUGUCGGAACGGCGGUAUCAUGGUCGGACAUCGAUGCGUCUGCCCCUAUCCGUAUACCGGAACAAGAUGCUUGGACUUUGCUUGCGUUCACGGCAUAUCGGUGGGAAUAAGAUACGAUCCGGACAGCUUAUUUUUCAACAAGCCUUGCAUCUGUGAUGAAGACUGGAGUGGUGAUCUGUGCGAUAUAUCCAAAACAAAUCAAGUCAAAUUUACUUCUCAGCCAACAUCUGUAGCUACUGCUACAUUAACGUUGUUGAUUUUUUUUUUUUUACCUGUACAUACUGCCUAA